AUGAAAAUCAAAGAAGGCGAUAAAGAAGUUUUGUUCUUCAUUACAAUGCCACCUACCUACCCAGAACUCGGACCUCCAAAAUACGAACUGUCAGCUCCUUGGCUGGGUAGGAAAGCGAAGGCAAAGCUCCUUCAUGAAUUAGAUACGAUCAGUAUUGAAAAUAUCGGUGAGGUUAGUAUUUAUUUAUUAAUCGAACACAUAAGGGGGUUCGUUAGAAAAUUACCUCCCUCUGAUAGUAUACGUAUUAAAAUAACUAAAAAGACCCCGUGUUUGGAGAAGUUGAAUUGUCCCGACAUUACUCACGGGGAUGUUAUAGUGGAUAGGAAAAGCGUCUUCCAAGGGCAUGCAGCUGAAGUACACAGCCUUGAUGAUGUCAAAUCCGUUCUGGCCAAGCUGAAAGAAAAUAAGAAAAUAUCGAACGCCAAGCAUAACAUGUACGCGUAUCGUAUCAAACAGUCCACCGCUAAAGGCACCGCCGUCGUCGUUCAGGAUUUUGAUGAAGACGGCGAGGCUCACGCGGGAAGCCGUUUGAUGCAUUUGAUGAAAGUCAUGGACUUGGACAAUACGCUAGUGAUAGUCACCAGAUGGUGAGUACAUUUUAUUUUAUACAAAAUAAAGUAGAAUGAUCUUCUAUAUAUAAAAAAAAUAAUUUCUGUUCGUUUAUCUCCCUAAAACUCCAGAACAGAUGGGCCGAUUUAGCUGAUUUAGAUAUAAGAUAUAAAUGUGUAAGAAAAAUGUCACAUUGCUAUGGGUAGUGAACAGGCGAGACAACUCUGGACUGUGAUUGCGUGA